AGCACAUUCAAGUCAAGACAACAAUAAAGGAGUUAUCAGCAGCAUUCCCGAAAUUAUGGCGGGCAACAAUCCUACUCAAAUUUUUGCUGAUGAUGUGGUGGAGGAAAAGGGAGAGAAUGCUCGUCUCUCUGCUUUUGUUGGUGCUAUUGCUGUGGGAGACUUGGUGAAGUCGACGCUGGGUCCGAAGGGAAUGGACAAAAUAUUGCAAUCUGCGUCGACUGGAGAAAUUCUGGUCACCAACGACGGAGCUACCAUCCUGAAAUCAAUCGCACUAGACAAUGCCGCCGCCAAGGUCCUGGUCAAUAUUUCCAAAGUACAAGACGACGAAGUCGGCGAUGGAACUACAUCUGUCGCAGUGCUCGCAGCCGAGUUGCUCAGACAAGCCGAAAUCCUCGUGGACAAAAAGAUUCACCCACAGACCAUCAUAGACGGUUACCGGAUAGCCAGCAAAGCCGCGCUCGCUGCCCUCGAAAAAUCAGCUGUUGACCGCAGUAACGAUCCCAUUGCUUUCCGCAAAGAUUUGCAUGCCAUCGCUCGCACGACGCUGAGUUCAAAGGUUCUUGCUCAGGACCGUGAGCACUUUGCUACCCUCGCUUGCGACGCCGUGCUUCGAUUAAAGGGGUCUACUGAUCUCAGUCAUAUCCAAAUUAUCAAGAAGGCUGGCGGAAAGCUCUCAGAGUCUUAUUUGGAUGAAGGUUUUAUUCUUGAUAAGAAGUUUGGUGUGAACCAGCCCAAGCGCUUGGAGAAUGCAAAGAUUUUGGUCGCGAAUACCGCUAUGGAUACGGAUAAGAUUAAGAUUUUUGGUGCACGAGUGAAGGUCGACAGCACCGGCAAACUUGCUGAAUUAGAGAAGGCCGAGCGGGAAAAGAUGCGCCAGAAGGUCGAGAAGAUCAAGUCACAUGGCAUCAAUUGCUUUGUCAACCGGCAACUUAUCUAUAACUGGCCAGAGCAGCUUUUCAGUGAAGCCGGAAUUGCCAGCAUUGAACACGCAGACUUUGAUGGUGUCGAGCGACUAGCACUUGUCACCGGAGCAGAGAUUGCUUCAACGUUCGACAACCCCGAACAGGUUCAGCUCGGUCAUGCCGACUUAGUUGAGGAGGUCAUCAUCGGUGAAGAUUCAUUGCUCCGCUUUUCCGGAGUUGCCAAGGGCGAAGCUUGCACUAUCGUUUUGCGAGGUUCGACUGAACAACUCCUUGAUGAAGCCGAGCGUUCUCUCCACGAUGCUCUUGCCGUUCUUUCUCAGACCGUCAAGGAGCCCAAGGUCACUCUCGGAGGUGGCUGUGCCGAGAUGACUAUGAGUUUGGCUGUUGAGCAAGCCGCUCAGAACACAACAGGAAAGAAACAACUCGCUGUUGACGCCUUUGCCCUCGCACUCCGCCAACUCCCCACAAUCCUUGCCGACAACGCCGGUCUCGACAGCUCAGAUCUCGUCGCCCGACUCCGACAAGCCAUCAGCAAAGGCAUGGCAAGCUCCGGCCUGGAUCUUUUCGAGAAUAAGAUUAGCAACAUGGCCGAACUCGGCGUUGUGGAGGCAUACAAGCUCAAGAGAGCCGUUGUUAGCUCUGCUUCUGAAGCUGCGGAAUUGUUAUUGCGUGUGGAUAACAUUAUUCGUGCUGCUCCUCGGAAGCGUGAGCGUAUGUAAAAUGGAGAAGUGAGGGGAAUAUUUUGAUAGACCGAUAUUAGAGACGAGGUCAAGGAAAAAGUUGUAUGAAAUGAGAUGAUUGUUUAUUGCAUGAGAUCUUUUGUACAAUGCAGAAAUGGUAGUAAUAUAUACUAAUUGCAGUUAAACACAUGCC